AUGGUCGCGGUGGGAAAGCAGCGCGAGGAGAACCUCGCCGAGCCUGUGCUGGCCAACUUGCUGGCCGAUGACCGCACGCCUUGGUACAAGAAGCCGAAUCUGCGGCGGCUGUACUUCAUCCUGUUUCCGGCGUGUAUGGGCAUCGAGAUCACGUCCGGAUUCGACUCGCAGAUUAUCAACACGCUGAGCGUUGCAGAGACUAACAGCGAUAUAGAUUUCGGCCACCCAACCGGGAAGAUUGUUGACGGACAGCCCCAGUAUGCGAUCGAAGCGAACCUCAAGGGAUUCCUGGGUGCGGCGUACUCGCUCGGAGCCAUCCUCUCGCUGCCUUUUGUCCCCUACCUCAACCAGCUUGUCGGACGACGAUGGACGAUUAUGUUCGGUUCCUGUGUGAGCUUGGUCGGGGCCCUCAUCCAGGGCUUUUCCAACGGAGUCGCCAUGUACAUUGUCGCGCGUAUCCUUCUGGGAUUCGGCAUCCCGUUUUGUAUCGUCGCAGGUUCAUCCUUGCUGGGAGAGCUGGGAUACCCCAAGGAGCGUCCGAUUCUCACCUCGCUGUUCAACUCCUCCUACUUCAUCGGCCAGAUCGUCGCGGCAGCCGUGGGCCUGGGGACGGUAACAAUUCCGUCCAACUGGGCAUGGCGAAUCCCGUCCCUGCUGCAGAUUGCGCCCGCCAUGGUCCAGAUCAUAACGGUGAUGUUCCUCCCUGAAAGCCCCAGAUACCUGAUCAGUAAGGACCGCUACGACGACGCCUUCAACAUUCUCACCAAGUACCACGCGGAGGGCGACCGCAACUCGGUUAUCGUCAAGGCCGAACUGGCGCAGAUCGAGCGCACCAUCAAGAUCGAACUCGAGGAGUCCAAACAGUCGUGGUGGGACAUGUUCCGCACCGCCGGCAUGCGCCGUCGACUGUUCAUCUCUGCUUUUCUCGGUCUGUUCACGCAGUGGUCCGGCAACACGCUCAUUUCGUACUACCUGAGCGACCUCCUCAACAUGGUCGGCAUCACCGACAGCGUAACCAAGUCCAAGAUCAACAUCGGCAUCGCCUGCUGGGGUCUCGUCUGCGGCACCGCAUUGGCGCUGACCGCGCCGCGCUUCAAGCGUCGCCCGAUGUACCUCACCUGCGCCGCCUCCCUGCUGUGCGUGUACAUCGCCUGGACGAUCUCCAUGGAGCGGUUCAUGAGCACGCAGGCGCGCGCCGCCGCCAUCCUGACCAUCCUUUUCAUUUUCCUGUACUCGCCUGCCUACAACCUGGGCUACAACGCCCUGACCUACACGUAUCUGGUCGAGCUGUUCCCGUACAUGGGCCGCUCGCGCGGCCUCUCCUGGUUCCAGUUCUACGGCCGCGGCGCGAGCUUCUUCGCCACGUAUGUGAACCCCGUGGGUCUGGCGCGCAUCGCCUGGAAGUGGCUGCUGGUGUACUGCUGCUGGCUGGUGUUCGAGCUGGUGUUUAUCUACUUCUUCUUUCCCGAGACCGCGGGCCGCACCCUCGAGGAGCUGUCGUUCUUGUUCGAGGACAAGGACAAGGCCAACGAGGUCGCUGCCGCGGUGCACGAGCAGAUCGAUGAGGACGGCGAGAAGAAACAGGCUACGGCACAUGUGGAGGUCUCGGAGACCAAGAGUGCUGUUUGA